CUUCAUGGCCUUUCUUGUGGCUCGGCCUAUGCAGUUUGUGUACUUGCCAAGAGCAUUAUCUGUUUUGACGCUGCUCUUACCUAACUCAGUUUUUCCGAGACCCUCUUCUCACAGGCCGAGUUUCACCUCACACCUGCACUGGGCCAGCUUUCAGGCAGAGGAGAGGCCACAUCUGUUUCCUGUAGGCCCUCUGGUCAGAAGCAUGCAUGGCUGGCUGUUCCUGAUCUGCGUCCAGGGGCUGAUACUGGCUGCCUUCCUCACUUCAGGAGUCACAGCAAGCAUAAUAGAGACAAAGGGGAGCAUCUAUGCAGAGGAAGGUGGCUCUGUCAUCCUACAGUGUCACUUCUCCAACACUGCUGAAGUGACCCAAGUCAACUGGGAGCAACAGGACCAGCUUCUGGCGGUUUACAGCGCUGACUGGGGGUGGCAUGUCCCUUCAGUCUUCAGGAAGCGGGUAGUCACAGGCCCCAGCCUAGGCCUCACCUUCCAGUCACUGACUAGGAAUGACACAGGGGAGUACUUCUGCACCUACCACACCUAUCCUGAUGGGAUUUACAAGGGAAGAAUAUUCCUGAAGGUCCAAGAAAGCUCAGUGGCUCAGUUCCAGACUGGAUUUCUAGGAGGAGCCAUGGUUGCUGCACUGGGAGUCAUCUGCUUGAUGGUCACAGGGGUGAUUGUACUGGCUAGAAAGAAGUCUCUUAGACUCCAGUCUAUGGAAAGUGGCCUUGGGAGAAUGGCAGCUGAGUCACAGGAAAUGAGCCUCAGGAUUGUUUCGACAGAAGCUGUCCAGACAGAAGCUGCCCCUGCUGGUUUCUAUGAAGAGGAAGAUGACUAUGCUGAACCACGAGAUUACUUCAAUGUCCUGGGCUACCGAAGCCUAGAGAGCUUCAGUGUCCUAGCGAAGACUGUCUAAAGACAGUUUUAUCCCACCCUUCCCCUCCCCCUCUCUCCCUGUGUGUGUUUGUGUCUGUAUCUAUGU